AUGGAUAAAGAAAUUUAUAAAACAACUAAAUUAGCCUGUUUUAAUUGCAAAUCUGUGAAACGCUCAAUUGAUGCAGUUAAGUUUCUGUGUCAAAAAGUUGAUAUAGUUGCUCUCCAGGAAACGUGGUUGCUUCCCUUUGAUAUCCCAUACCUUGCCAAGAUACAUCAAGAUUUUGAAUACACAGGAAAAUCAGCUGUGAAUAUAUCAGAGGGCAUACUCAAAGGACGACCGUAUGGUGGUGUGGCGAUUUUGUGGCGCAAAGGAACUUUUGAGUCAGUCACAGUAAUAAACUGUGCUAAUGUGCGGCUAGCAGCAAUAAAAGUAUCCCUAGGUGACAGAUACUUUUUAGUGUUUUGUGUAUAUAUGCCGACAGACGUGAGUGAUAACCUAACAGAAUUCACUGACUGUCUUAGUGAGGUAAGCGCGAUAGUCGAAAGUUGUGACGUGGAGGCAGUGUACGUCCUUGGUGAUUUUAAUGCUCAUCCUGGUGAGUCUUUUGGACUUGAACUUUUAAAAUUCUGUUCUGAACAAAAUUGGAUUUGUGCAGACAUUGAAAAGUUAGGUGUAGAAUCUGAUAACUAUACAUUUGUCAGUGAUGCACAUGGCUGUAGACGAUGGCUUGACCAUUGCAUUGUCACACAAGCUGCUUGGCACACUAUAACUAACAUAAGAAUAUUUUAUGAUGUAUUCUGGUCUGAUCAUUGCCCCUUUGUUGUUGAGUGCAGGUUAGACACUAUUAAAACUAAAUUAGAAGUUGCGACAAAAUCAUGUAACAAAGUAAUAUGGGGCGAAAGGGUCAGUGAUCGGAUUGAAGUAUAUUAUGAUAUGUGUAAUAGCAAAUUAAUAUCGCUUAAGGUACCUGAGGAACUUAGCAUAUGUUAUAAUUCACACUGUAACAAUACUCAUCAUAGGUUAAUGCUUGAUGAAAUGUACAACAAUAUUGUUACUAUUUUAUCUGAGGCCGCUAUACAGAGUUAUGAUGAUAAUAGAAGUUAUAAGCAUAGUGGUCGUAUUGUAGGUUGGAACAGACAUGUGAGGGAAGCACAUGCGAUGGCUAGGUUUAAAUAUCGCUUAUGGUUGUGGCAUAACAAACCAACUAGUGGGCCUAUAUAUGACGAUAUGUGCAUAACACGUAAAAUAUUUAAGAGCAAACUAAAAUGGUGUCAAAACCAUCAAGAGCAAAUUCAACUCGAUAUCAUAGCAUCACAUCGUAAAGCAAAUAAUUUCAAAAAAUUCUGGAAAGCCACCAACAAACUUGAUAUUAAGCCUACCCUGCCUGUGUGCGUUGGAGGUGUAAACGAACCUAUUAGCAUAGCUAAUAUGUUUGCAGAGCAUUUUAAAAUAGAGUCGUUGCUAGGUCCAUCGCAGCCGGUGCCCGGAGAUGAGAGCUAUCGUGGCAGUCAUGACUGCAUUCGUUUUACACCUGAACAAGUGGCAACUGCCAUUAAAAAUAUGACUAGGGGGAAAUCUCCCGGCCAUGAUUCUCUCAGCAUCGAGCACCUGCAGCAUGCCGGACCUCACCUGCCUCGAUUACUCGCUACUUUCUUCUCUUCAUGUCUCUGUCAUUCGUAUCUGCCUCACGACCUUAUGCGGACAAUAGUUGUGCCUAUAAUUAAGAACAAAACAGGUGACGUGGGAGAUAAGUGUAAUUAUCGACCUAUAUCUUUGGCAACAAUUAUGGCUAAAAUACUUGACAGCCUGUUGGAUACACAGCUGGAAAGUUAUAUUGAGUUGCACGAUGCACAGUUUGGGUUUCGGUCUGAAUUGUCUACUGAGAAUGCUAUCUUAGCCCUAAAGCACACUGUUGAAUAUUACACAAAGCGACGUACACCUGUAUAUGCAUGCUUUUUAGAUCUCUCCAGAGCUUUUGAUCUCGUAAAUUAUGACUUAUUAUGGGAUAAACUACGCCAGAAAAAGAUUCCAGCUGAGCUUUUGAAGAUUUUUCAGUACUGGUAUAAUAAUCAGUAUAAUAAUGUGAGAUGGGCCGAUAAGUUCUCUGAAAGGUACAGAUUGCAAUGUGGGGUCAGACAGGGAGGAAUUACGUCACCAAAACUUUUCAACCUGUACAUAAAUGACCUAAUCGUUGAACUCAGCAGCAAAAUAGUCGGAUGUCGUAUCGACGAUGUAAGUUUUAAUAAUAUAAGCUACGCAGAUGAUAUGGUGUUGCUGAGUCCCACGGUUAAGGCCACCAGAGAACUCCUUAAGAUAUGUGAGAAGUAUGCGUUAAACCAUGGCUUGCGAUACAAUUGUAAUAAAAGCGAAUUCAUGGUGUUUAGGGCCGUCGGCUGUAAAAGCCCAGAAAAUGUGCCUGCAAUUAAAUUGAAUGGCAUUGAAUUAAAACGUGUUGCUAAAUUUAAGUACCUAGGGCAUUUUGUUACCGAUGACCUAAAUGACAAUGUUGACAUUGAAAGGGAACGUAGGGCGUUGGCAGUCCGAUGUAAUAUGUUGGCUCGUAGGUUUGCGCGGUGUAGUGAACAAGUAAAGAUAACGCUAUUUAAAGCGUACUGUCAAGUUUUCUACACGUGCAGCCUGUGGUCGAAUUAUUCACAGCGGACUGUCGACACCUUACGUGUCCAGUACAAUAAUGGCUUCAGGAUCUUGUUGGGGCUACCCCGAUUUUGCAGUGCAUCAGGCAUGUUUGCAAAGGCGCGUACAGAUGACUAUUACGCCCUUAUAAGAAAGAAAACAGCCUCGUUGCUUGGCAGGGUGCGGGCUAGCUCCAACUCCAUCAUGAAAAUAAUUGCUGAAAGAUACGACUCAUUCCUCCUUAAGCAAUAUUACCGCCUAUGUUUAGUUAAUAAGGCACUUGUAUUUAAGAAUUAG